AUGCGGGCAGAGUCGAGGAGCGCGAGGGAUGCUCGUCUGGGGGCUGCGGGAGCGACAACGUGGAAGGCGUUCUGGAUGGACGCGGGCGGGGUCGACGGGGCGAGGGAAGACUGGGACGUGGACUGGAUGGAUUCUGCCAUGAACGUCGCGCAUGCCGCACGCGCUGCGCUCACUCUCGCCCGCGCAUCCUCCUCCUCCGCCCCCAGCCGCCCGUCCUUCCCCUGCGUAGACGCUCAUGCCCAUCGCGAGUCCCGCAUACGCGCAUCCUAUGCCGCCGACGCCCGGCCUGCCUCUGAGGACGGCCCGGAGCCCCCGUACGCACGGCCCUCGCCCCAGUCCUACCGCGUCUAUCACCACCCCACGCCCGUCUCUCUCACGUACGGCUCGAGUCUGCCCGCAUUCGACAUCGCGUACGAGACCUGGGGCACUCUCUCGCCCCGCACGGACAACGCCAUCCUCCUCCACACCGGUCUCUCCGCGUCCUCGCACGCCGCGUCCACAGAAGCCAACCCCUCCCAGGGCUGGUGGGAGAAAUUUAUAGGCCCCGGGCUCGCCUUGGAUACCGACAAAUACUUUAUCAUUUGCACAAAUGUCCUUGGUGGCUGCUAUGGCUCCACAGGCCCUUCGUCGAUCGACCCCCGGACUAACCAGCCCUACGCUACCACCUUCCCGAUCCUGUCCAUCUUCGAUAUGGUCCAAGCGCAGUUCCACCUGCUCGACCACCUCGGUAUCGAGCAUCUCUAUGCGAGCGUCGGGAGCAGUAUGGGCGCCAUGCAGAGUUUAGCUGCAGGUUGGCUAUAUCCUCAGCGGGUUGGGAAGGUUGUCAGCAUCAGCGGGACCGCCCGCAGCAGCCCGUCUGCUAUCGCUAUGCGCUUCGCUCAGCGUGCGGUGCUGAUGGCAGACCCGAACUGGAAUAACGGUUUUUACUAUGACCGUCUACCGCCCCAUACAGGCAUGAAGCUAGCUAGGCAAAUCGCCACAAUAACCUACCGCUCCGGCCCAGAGUGGGACAUCCGUUUCGGCCGCAAGGUCCGCCCACUGCCCCCUUCAGAGGAACCGGAGAAGGGCAUGCCCCGCCCCCCCGCGCUCUGCCCGGACUUCCUGAUCGAAACCUACCUCGACCAUCAAGGCGAACAGUUCUGCCUAAAGUACGACGCGAACUCGCUGAUCUACGUCUCGAAAGCGAUGGACCUGUUCGACAUGACCCUCCCCGCGCUGCAAGAACUCAACCUCUCGCCACCCCCACCAAGUGGCUCGCACCCAUCGCAGUUGACUCAUCCUGCUUCUCCCUGCAAACCGCCGCAGGAGCAGCCCCGCAGGCAUACCUCCCACUCGAAGCACCACCCCCCGCCGCCGAACCCGCCGCCGCACCUCCCGGACCUCGCCGCGGGCCUCUCCCCGCUCGCGAACACGCCCGUCCUGAUCCUCGGCGUGCAGAGCGACAUCCUCUUCCCGGUCGAGCAGCAGCGCGAGGUCGCGGACGCGCUGCGCAUGGCGGGGAACCAGCGCGUGAGCUACUACGAGCUCGGCGGGGUGUGGGGGCACGAUACGUUCUUGUUGGAUGUGCAGAAUGUUGGGGGCGCGAUUAGGGGGUUCUUGUGAGGCGAUGGGUGGCGGGUGCAGCGUGUAUCCAUAGUCUCCCGUUCUUCUUCCUGCUUGUAGAUCUCGGAAGACUAGGUCUUCUACGUACAUCAGUGCUGUAUAGAUCCCGUAAUAUACGACGUCCAGCAAGGUCGUGCAUCUAAUACAGCACGUCUUUCAUGAGAGCCCUC